ACUGGCACCAGCCUUCUCCCAUAGGAGCAGCGGGGACGUCAAUCAACUCCCUCAGCCGCCCCCUCCUUUUAAAAAAUAAUCCUUUCAUUCAAUGGAACUUGGACAAAGUUUUCUAAGAGGGGAGCGGAAAAAAAAAGAAAGAAGGAGCCAUAAAACCCAGGCGAGAGCAGGGCCUUUCAGAGCCUCUUAUCUGAUUGCGGGAGCAGCACUUAAGGGCCCGCACCCGCUCCCCGCCCGCCCCCAGCCUUGGCGCUUCGGGCACCGGCCUCGCCCGCGCACCUGGGAGCGUGAGAGCGUGUCUCGGCACCGCCAGCGCCGGGGAGCCGCCGUGUCCUCCGGGGACAGCCCUGCCAGCCUGGGCCCGGUCUGCCACGCCACCCCUGCCCACCACUCAAGAUGACGUCUGCCACCAAGGUGUACUACAGCCAAACCACCCAGACUGACAGCCGCCCACUGAUCAGCUCGGGCCUGCGCAAGCGCCGGGUGAUGACAAAGGAUGGGCGGAGCAAUGUGCGCAUGGAGCACAUCGCCGACAAGCGGUUCCUCUACCUCAAGGACCUGUGGACCACCUUCAUUGACAUGCAAUGGCGCUACAAGCUCGUGCUGUUCUCUGCCACCUUUGCCGGCACCUGGUUUGUGUUCGGUGUGGUCUGGUACCUGGUGGCCGUGGUGCACGGGGACCUGCUGGAAUUCGACCCCCCGGCCAACCACACACCCUGCGUCAUGCAGGUGCACACGCUUACCGGGGCCUUCCUCUUCUCCCUGGAGUCCCAGACCACCAUCGGCUAUGGCUUCCGCUACAUCAGCGAGGAGUGCCCGCUGGCCAUCGUCCUACUCAUCAGCCAGCUGGUCCUCACCACCAUCAUGGAGAUCUUCAUCACGGGCACUUUCCUAGCCAAGAUCGCCCGGCCCAAGAAGCGAGCGGAGACCAUCAAGUUCAGCCAGAACGCCGCGGUGUCCCAGCACAAUGGCAAGACCUGCCUCAUGAUCCGUGUGGCCAACAUGCGCAAAAGCCUGCUUAUCGGGUGCCAGGUGACUGGCAAGCUGCUGCAGACCUACCUCACCAAAGAAGGUGAGAACGUCCGGCUCAACCAGGUCAACGUGGACUUCCAGGUGGACACGUCCUCGGACAGCCCCUUUCUCAUCCUGCCCCUCACCUUCUACCACAUCGUGGACGACGUCAGCCCCUUCCGGGACAUGUCCCUGCGCACAGGUGAAGGCGACUUCGAGCUGGUCGUCAUUCUGAGCGGCACGGUGGAGUCCACCAGUGCCACCUGCCAGGUGCGCACCUCCUACCUGCCUGAGGAAAUCCUGUGGGGCUACGAGUUCACGCCGGUCAUCUCCCUCUCGGCCAGUGGCAAGUACGUCGCCGACUUCAGCCUUUUCGACCAGGUGGUGAAGGUGUCACCACCCUGCUGCAUCCAUGAGACCGUGAGGUUCGGCGACCCUGAGAAGUUGAAGCUGGAGGAGUCCUUACGGGAGAAGGCAGAGCGUGAGGGCAGCCCACUCAGCGUCCGCAUCAGCAACGUCUGAGCAGCCCACGGCUCACGCCCAGCCUCUCAGUGCCUACUCCUUCCCCUCUAACCUUUCCCCUCCUCCCCGCUCUUCUCUCUCCUUCCCUGCCAGUCUCACGGGGCAGUUCGAGUGAUCCACUCUCCCAUAGGACCAUGCCGAAGGAUUGCGCCGUUAGUUCCCCCCAUAGCACUGCUCCCACCUUGUCCCUGGGACCUCCCAAGGGAGAGGCUGGGUGGCCAACCUCCCUUUUUCCUCCUCCUGGGCCUGGUGCUUGCAUUGAUUUUGGCACAGUGCCGGGCACCCCAGGGCCCUGCGGAGCCCAAGCCAGCAGGGUGGCAUCGCCUCACAGCCCAGUGGGCUGUUUUUAUGGACUCUGCCUUUGCUCCCAGCCUGCAGACUCAACUCACACUUAACACCCUGCUAAUCCCCCGCGAGGCACAGGCGCGCUUCCAGGACAGCAGCCUAUACCAGGGUGCUGCUAACGGCACUGCCCACCCUGCCCCAGGCACAGCAAUGGCCAGACUGGGUCAGCACCAAGGUCCACCCAGUCCCGUUCCCUGCAUCCAAGCCUGGAGGAACAGGCGACUGCUGUCUGCAACACUGGUGGACACAGGACCUGGCGCAGCCUGCUGCAUGUCAAGGAUCACCGUGGUCAUUGGAAGACCCCUGAGCACCUGGCCUGAUGGCCUGGCAGGGAGUCUUGUGGGGGAAGCAUCUCCCUUGGCACAGGCUGGGCUGGCGGAAAGCUGCAGCCCCCAGAAACGGACCCUGAGACCAGUGCUGGGCACUGACUAACGAGGUGCUGGAGUGGAGGCAGGGGGGACUUGAGGCUCUGGCAGCCCCGAGCUCUGGGGUAUGGGGAGGUGUCCAGCAGCCAGGGGAAUAAGCCUCUUCCUGCCUCCCUGAACAGCUGCCUUGACACUUCCUCGCUGGGCAGGAGGCAGGCAAAAGAAGCCGGUGAUGAAGAUCUCCAUGAUGGUGGUGAGGACCCCUGGUUGCUGGCUACGUCCCCUCAAGCGCUCUGCAGAGCCUGGAGCCCCGCUGCCUCCACCCCCUGCCCAUGGUCCCCUUCCCUGACUCCGGGCAUGAAGCCAGCCCAGCAUGCCUCUGCAGCCUGGCCUGUGCUGCAAUGGUUGUGGAGGUCUCCUGAUGGCCUGGCAGGAGGUCUCAGGAGGUCUCAGGCCCUUCCUGAGAGACCAGCCCGUCUGGCUGCUCCUUUACACCAACCCCUGGGUGGGAGACCCUCACACAUUGAGAAAACCCCCAUCCCCAGGGACCCACAGCCCAGCUGCAGCCUGAGCCAGCCAGCAGGGAGACUUGCACAUGGCUUGGCUGCAUAUGAUGCCUCUGGUGCCCAUUGCUCAUCCACCCAAGGGAGGCAGGGAAUCAGCUGUGCCCGGGGCUGGAGGGUUUCACAUCAGCAGCACGGUGAAGGUCUCAGCCCCGAGGCUGCCACAGAUCCCCUGCAUUGUGGAGGUGCUGCCGGGUGCUCGGGGCUCCAGAGCAGCAUUGGGCCCUGCAGCCAUGGAGCAUCCAGCCACGCCAAGCACAGCUGACUGCAGCAGAAGGAAGCCACCGUGUCCAGCACUUGCACACCCUGCAUUCAAGGCAGUGCCAGCACCUCCCUGGGAAGUCCCGCACUGUCCCCACCACCCGCAGCACCAGCCCCAUGGCCCAGACUGGCAGCUGAGCUGGAGGGUCACAGCCCACCCCAGGGAGAGCGGCUCACCAGGACUGCAAAACACCCGUAGCAGAAAUGCCAACUCCGGAUGUGGAGGCCAUGGGAACCUUGAUUCCCAAGUGGUCCCACUCCUCUCUGCCGCCAGGGCUUCCCCUGCAGCUCUGUCUUGUGUCCUGCCCCGGGCGGCUCUGUCACUCGUAUCCAGGGUCAGUGACACCAUGCCACGGGGGUCCUGGGAGUUUAGGAAGUUGUGGGCUUGUGAACACAUGUAGUACUGUAUCUGAACACCGGGGGGCAGCAUGCACUUCUGUGUAUGCACGUGUGUGUGUGUGUGUGUGUGUGUGUGUGUCAGUGUGUGCAUGCAUGUGUGUGUGUGUGUGUGUGUGUGUAUGCCUGUACCAAAAUAUUAGGCACAGGUGUGUGUGUGUGUGUGUGUGUGUGUGUGUGUGUGUGCGUGCCUGCCUGUACCAGAAUAUUAGGCACAGGUGUGUGUGUGUGUGUGUGUGUGUGUGUGUGUGUGUGUGUGUGUGUGCGCGCGCGUCCCUGUACCAAAAUAUUAGGCACAGGUAUGUGUAUGUGUGUGCGUGCCUGUACCAGAAUAUUAGGCACAGGUGUGUGUAUGUGUGUGUGUGCGCGUGCCUGUACCAGAAUAUUAGGGGCAGGUGUGUGUGUUUGUGUGUGUAUGUCAGUGUGUGUGUACACAUGUGUGUGUGUGCAUGCCUGUACCAGAAUAUUAGGGGCAGUUGUGUGUGUGUGUGUGUGUGUGUGUGUGUGUGCAUGUCUGUACCAGAAUAUUAGAGACAUGGGGGGGUGCACAUAUGCACAUGCAUCUGAGCACCAGGGGCAGGGAGUGUAUGUGGGUGUGUGCAUGAGCACUAGGGGACAGGUGUGUGUGUGUGUACGUGUGUGUAUAUCUGAGCACCAGGGGCAGAGUGUCCGUGUGUGGGUUUUUUGCAUGCACAAUUGCACACCCGUUACCUUCUGACCAGGGUUUUGCAUGAGCCAGGCACAUGCUGUAGCCAUCUGCGCCUGUUCACUUUGGGGCUGGCUCUUUGGUGGGCGUUAUAAGAAAGGCUCCACAAGCGGGUAGCUCUUCCAACAUCCUUGGCAGCCCUGUAACUCCACUCACAUAUUCACGCAUGGCCUCUAGGACAUGUUAAGAAACCACCUGCACUUGGCCGAAGAGGCUGUGAAAAUGAAGCAACAGAGCAGUUCACAGGUUCUCAACUUUUCAUAGACACCUCAUUCCACAACUGUAAUGAACUGAGCAGUUUCAAACAACUGAUUCCACCCAGUUCUUCUGCCUAUGGAAAAAUACUAGAGCAAGUCGUUCAUUGCCAAAUGUGCAAAAAGACCACAGCAGGCAGGAUGGAUUCCUAUCGGAAACCUGUAGGCCUAUCUCAUGAAUCAUGUGCAGGUGUUUGCAUAGCUACUAGCUCUAAUUUUGCACAGCACCACAUGGCACCCUUUGGAGGACUGGAAUUGGACUGUUCUCAGUGGGGGCAGAUGACAGAACAAGGAGCAAUGGGCUCCAGUUGCAGCAAGAGAAGAUGAGGUUAGAUCUUAGGAAAAACACUCUCACCAGGAGGGCGGUGAAGCACUGGAACAGGUUACCCAGAGAGGUGGUGGAGUCUCCAUCCUUGGAGGUUUUUAAGGCCCGGUUCAAUAAAGCCCUGGCUGGGAUGAUGUAGUUGGGGCUGGUCCUGCUCUGAGCAGGGGGUUGGACUCGAUGUGACCCCCUAAGGUCCCUUCCAGCCUCGUUUUCUAGGAUUCUGUGAUUCUAGGGAUCUCACAGCCGCCACCCAGUGCUCAGCAGAAGCAGCGCUCCUGAAGUACUUUGUGAAGCUGAACAUCAGAGAGAAAUCCAGCUGGUCUCCUUUCCACAUGACAAGCAAGGAGGUGAGACCUUGGCUGGAAUAUCCUGCAGAGAGCAACAGCCUGCAGCCUGCAUGCACUACAAUGUCACAGAAAUGACCACCAGCAAAUAGCACUUUUUGUCUUAAUUUUUAACCUCCUCUCUCUCCCCCCGCAGCAUUUCCAUUGCACAUAGCCCCACUGCAAUUUCAAUAUAGUCCUGGUGUUUUCACCCCUACCAUACAGAGCUUUUCCCAUCGGAGAUACUCAUGGAAUUACUAACUAGACACUCGGCACCGACUGCUGGCCAGUUUUACCUAAGCCCCGCACUGAGGUUAUUCUGUUUUCAGCUUGCUUAUAACCAUGGCAGAGGCACAUUGGCUCCUACUGGACGCAGGCAGCGUUUUUCAAAAGGUAACUUUGCUGCAAAAUCCAUCUUUUCAGGUGACUGAGGUAGAACCCAGUGCCCUGCUUGGGCUGGGACAAGAAAGAGCUAUUGGAAAAGCUUGACUCAGGUUUCAGCACUGAGGAAGGAUUGAAAGGACUUGUUUGGUGGGAAGGAGACUUAAGUUAUUUUAAAAGGGAUUUUAAAGGGGUUUAGUAAUAAGAAACAAAGCACUUUGGUUGAGCCGGGAUAAUUUUCUGGUCCAGCCACCAAACUGGAACCCAGCAUAGUUUGCACAGCUCGGUUUGAACAAGGACAAUACUUGCAGUGCCUGAAAGGUUGUCCUGUCCAGGGGGUAGAGAGCAUCUCCUGGUGGGGAAGGGAUGGGCUGGCCUACACUUGGGUUGUCGCUGGCUGCUGCUGCCUCCUAACACAUGGAAAUCCCUAAGCCUUGGUCAGGAUCCCACAAGCAAGCAAGGGAAUGGGCAACAACGCUGUUGGGACGUCCGUGCAGCAAGGCUGUCCUGCCGUGUGAGUUGGGGGCCUUAGCAUGGCCACGCUGGAGUAACAGGAUGGAGGAUGGAGUUUCAUAUCCAGCUUCUGACAAGUCCACAGAGUUGUCAGUCAUGGCCCAGUAGCUUUUGUACCCAAUGCGCUGGGUGCUGCACAUCCCCUUCGUGAGAGCCUGCCUGCCCCAGAGAGCUUGUCAUCUAAUGAGACAAAGCAAACAGGCACAGGAAGGGACUUGCCCUUGACCACACAGUCAGUCGGUAGCAGAGCUGGGUAUCCUUUGGGCCAGCCUGGUGCUCUCCUGAAUGCUUUCUGGGAGGCCUGCUUCCUACCAGCGUGACGGGACUUUUCCUCGGAGAUGUUCUGGGCUCUAGAGUGUCCGGCCUGGUUGGAUGAUCCGGGUUCAAGAUUGUGCACUCUAGAACCGAGCUCCUGCUCAGAUGUUCGGGGUCCUGGACCAUCCGGCCUGGUCAGGUAAUCUGGGUUCUCAAACCCCAAGCACUGCCCAGCUGUAGCAUUCAAGUUUUUUCCCCUUCUUCCAAAAAUGUCUCUGUUUGCAGAACUUCUUGGCUUCUUGCCUCACAGCUCUUCCUCAGGUCUGGAACGCCAGGCCCCACACAUCCCCUGGACCGUCCUGGACUGUAGUGCCCUGUUGCCCCUGUGCCUGUAGCAUCCCCAAAUUCGAGAGCACCGUGCCAGUCGGAUUUCCAGAGCAUUCAGAUUUUGCAUUGCAGAAUGCCAAACACCCUGGUUUUUAGAGCUCACAUCCUCACAGAGCAGCAAGACAGGGCAGCCAUAAAAGCCACGAUGGAGAAACAGCCCCUGGCAGAGGCAUGCAGAGAAGGUGGGAGACUCUCAGCAGAGACUACAGGAAAGUGAAGGAAGGAAGUUUUGGAGGAAGAACGGUCCCAAACCCAGAAGCCCCAGUGCUGCCCACAGCCAGAGGUCUCUGCACUCCCACACCCGUCGUGGAGGAAGGCCUCGGACUCUGUGCAUGGCCUCACUCUGCAGCCGACCUCAUUGCAAUGAGGCUUUGCCCUUCCGCAUCAGAUAUUGAGGACUUUCCAAGAGGAUUUCCUUAGGUUCGUACUUGAGCCGCAUACAGCCAGGAAAGGCAGGAAAGGAAAGUCUUCACCCCACACUGAAAUGCAGCCACUCUGGAGUGGGGACAAGCAUGAUGGUAUAUUGCUAUGGGCCAGUCACAGGAGGGGAACCUAGUGCUCCCCCCUGCUGUCCCCACUGGUGACACUGGCUACCUGGGGGGGCAAUACAGCCAGGGGCACGGAGAAAGAGGAAUCGCCAGCCCUCCUCCAUCCCCAGGAGCCUGAGAUAGGCCCCAGUCUGUGGUCAGCACCGCUGAGAGUGGGGGAGCUCGCAGAACGGGGUCUCUCGGGCUUGGAACUGGAGGAGGCUGGAGCUGCAGCUGGAGCCCUGCACAACCGGAGCGCCAUCUGCACAGCCCAAGCUCCAUGUAGUCACCAUAGAGACAUCUUGCCCACUGAGGGCUGUGCCAGAGGCAGAGGAGGGCUGGCCAUGGGGACAGAACAUGGGGGGAUGGAGGGCAGGCAGGUUCUGCCCCCCCACCCCAUGCACACACAUGCGACCGUGCAAGCACACACCUGGCCAGGCACAUGGGGACAGACAGGUGCAGAGCAGGGGCUUACAGGAGUAGGCUGACGUGACCGAGUGGGAAGGAGGGAAAUACAGGACUUGUGUUUUCCAGCUGGAGAGCAGGCUUUGCAAUUCAAUGCAACCUUCGUGUCCAGCCUGUGUAUAUGCUUAUGAACAGGCACAUGUAUGUGCCUAUGGCUGUGUGUAUAUACAGAGGUAUAUAUAACAGCUACAGACAGUGUCAUGGGAAAGCAACUUUGUGCAUGGAAUCGAUGCCACAUAAUUAGUAUUAACAGUCCCUAUUAAACCAGUGUCUGAUAUGGCUAUGCAGAUAGAUCACUUCUCUCUCUCUCUCUCUCUCUCUCUCUCUCUCUCUCUGUAU